AUGUCUACCGCAGAACUCAUUUCCUACGAUGAGGCGAGGAACCAUGCCUUUGACAGCGUUCUUCACCGACAGUCAAAGAACUCCAAGGGUGGAAUGCGUGCCAUGAUGAACAAGGACAACAAGGCCCACGCCGCUGCCGUUGACGACUACUUUCAGUACUGGGACAACAAGAAGGCUGAAGACGAAGUCCAGGCAGUUCGACAGGAGAGAACUGACAACUAUGCCAGCCUCACAAGACAAUAUUACAACCUAGCCACAGAUCUCUACGAGUACGGAUGGAGUCAAAGCUUUCACUUCUGCCGCUUUGCCUACGGCGAGACUUUCCACCGCGCCAUAGCUCGCCACGAGCACUACUUGGUCCACAGCAUGGGAAUAAAGCCGGGUAUGAAGGUCCUUGACGUUGGCUGCGGUGUCGGUGGUCCUGCUCGUGAGAUUGUCAAGUUCACGGGGGCCCACGUGACGGGUUUGAAUAUCACCGAGUAUCAAGUCGAGCGGGCGAGGGUCUAUGCAGACAAGGAGGGUCUAUCUCAUAAACUCAAAUUUGUGCAGGGAGACUUUAUGAAAAUUCCGUUCCCCGACAACUCUUUCGACGCCGUCUACGCCAUCGAAGCUACUGUGCAUGCCCCUUCAUUGAAAGACGUCUACAGCGAGAUCCUACGAGUUCUGAAGCCUGGUGGUGUCUUUGGAGUUUAUGAAUGGCUCAUGACGGAAGAGUAUGACAACGAUGAUCUCGAGCAGCGACGUAUCCGGCUCGACAUUGAGCAAGGCGACGGCAUUGCACAGAUGUUCAAGAUCUCAGACGGCCUCACUGCAAUCAAGGAGGCGGGCUUUGAACUUGAGCAGCACGAGGACCUUGCUGCCAACGAUGACGGCCCUGCACCUUGGUACUGGCCGCUAGACAGCGACAUGCGAUACGCGCAGUCUCUCGCCGACAUGUUGACCGUGUUUCGGAUGAACAAAUGGGGUCGUCUGGUGAUGCAUAACUUUAUCGGGGCUCUCGAGAGUCUCUGGAUCGCACCCAAGGGAACGAGAAAGACUGCUGAGAGCUUGGGCAGGGCGGCAGAUGCGUUGGUUGAAGGUGGUAAAAGGAAGUUGUUUACACCCAUGUACUUGAUGGUUGGAAGGAAGCCCACAGCUUGA